CCAAAGCAGUUAUAAACAUAGAAAAAAGAUUCCCGAGAAAAAAAAAAAGGGUAGAAGUUACCUCGAUAGCUCUGAAGUGUUCCACGGAGCUUGAGUAGUGGCAAGACAGGUCAAGGGAGUUGGAAAAAAGCGAUGUCAGGAUUCAAGGCUUCUCAAGCGGCGGCUGAACCCAGCGAGGCUCAGGGAAGUUGGGUUUCCUCUUCUUCUUCUUCUGGUUCUUCAGGCAGGGAAGAUUCGAAGAAAGUGAUGAAAGCCGAAGUUGAUCGGGUUCAGAAGAGCAGCAGAAUCAGAGAAGCUGAAAGAGCUGAGAGAAUCCUGAACGUCGUUUGCUGGGGUCCUCAUUUAGUGUAAUGCGAAAGAAGAAAAAAAAACCCCCGACGAAAAUAACGACAAUUUGAAAUAUACAAGGCCUUCCCCUGUUUCUCUAGUUCUUCAGCAGAGCACCUCUGUUUUCUCUUUAUCUUUCCUCCAGAGUCCAGAACUUUUCUUUUGGCAGACUGUUUACUGUUGUAGCAAUCCAAAUCAGAGAACCCAGUUGAGGGAAACUGCUUAAUAGCAGUAGUCACCUUUAAAAUUUCUGGAUCUUGAUCUACUAAUUGCCGAAAUGAAAAGUUUUCUUCAUU